AUGCCUUCAUUCGACAUUGACAGUCACGGCAUCCAAGCUGUGGCUGAUGUGGGACACCUGUUGGGCGAUCUUUUGAGGCAUGCUGGGGAUGUGAAGCCAACAACUACCAUCGAGCCUCCCCUCGAGAGGUCCGACUUUGGCGACUUGCAAUCGCGACUAUCAGCCAUUUUCCCAAAGUCAAACGCAGAUGCUGCGCAACCCACGCGGAGUCAUCAAUGGGCUGUUUUGGAGACUGCUGUCCGGGAUAUUUUUGGCAGGUUGCUCGCCGAAUCGUCAAUCGACCACCCGGAUUUCGUCAGGGUCUGGAACUUGCUUGAUCUGUUGUGUAUUCUCGAAGACUUGGAACUAUGCGACCCUGCACUGUUGUUCUGGCUGAUCGAGGAGCUUCUCGACAGCCAAACUAUCUCGGGAUGUCGCAAGAUCUUUGACUACCUCGAAUCGCGGCGUCAAAAAAUCACCUCGAAGCACUUUGCUGCCAAAAAGCUUGUCAUAUUGAGGACAUGCAACGAACUCUUGCGGCGGCUCUCCCGCGCAAGAGAUACGGCUUUUUGCGGCAGGGUUUUCAUCUUUUUGUUCCAAAGCUUCCCUCUGGGCGAUAAGAGUUCAGUCAAUCUGCGUGGCGAGUUCCACGUCGAGAAUGUUACAACAUAUGACCAAGACGCAGCGAAGCGGAAUGGCGCCCCUGCAGAUCAAAUGGACAUAGAUGGCCAGCCGGCCACCGGCACACCUUCUGAAGGGAAGCAAACGACGUCAAAAUAUGCAUCGAGUGAUGCCAGAGGUCAGGGGCCUCCAAUUGACAUGGACACCUUGUACCCGAUCUUCUGGUCGCUCCAAGCCAGUUUCAGUCAACCCAAGAAUCUUUUCGAUCGCAAGAAUUUUGCAGAGUUCCAAUCAAAUCUUCAGUCCACGUUAUCUGCCCUUGAAUAUGCCCAAGGCCAGGCGUCGUCAAGGUCAAAGCAGUACGACGGGGGAGCAAGAGCUGGACAAAAGCGCAAGCGCGAUCCGGACGGUAAUGAGCUCGCAGAUUCAUUCAACCCAAGAUAUCUAACCAGCAGGGAUUUGUUUGAGUUAGAGUUGAGCGACCUCACCUUUCGGAGAUAUAUUCUCGUCCAAGCCCUGAUAAUUAUGGAGUUCUUGCUAUCAUUAUCAGCAGAAGCAAAGGAGAAGCUCGCCCAGGUCAAAGUCAACAACAAGUCAGUCACCUAUUCAGAUCAGGUACUAAGCGACGAGGAGUCUAAAUGGGCCGUCAACAUGAAGGAUAAAAUUACCGCACAGCUCACUAGUAUAUCGGUGAGCGACGGGCAAUAUUUUCACCGCAUUGUGGCGACUGUGCUGGCGAGGGACAAGAACUGGGUAAGGUGGAAGAUUGAAGGGUGCCCUCAGAUCGAGCUGCCCGCAGUUCCACCAGAGCAAUUUGUAGAGGCCAAGAAGACGGUUCAUCGCCAGGUGAACAAAAAGCACAGGGCAAACGCCGGAAGUGCGCUCUCGCUCGACUUUCUGAGCAUAAGCAGCACCUCCUCCGUGCUCGAUAGCCUCAAGGUCUCAGACCAGUAUCAGCUUCCAGAGCUGGGCAUAUUCCAGCGAAAGAUCGCCGAGGAUGACCUGGAGAUUGAUAUGCCAAUGAACGACAAGUCCAAGGCAGAGGCGAUAGAGGCCAAGGCGAGCAAGAGCUGGAGAGCGUUGCGCAUAGCAAGCAAAUCGCGCUUGGCAGACUUUGACAAGAUUGAGGACCCAGACAAAAUCGACGUUAUUUUUGCCAGCAAAGAAAACAGCCAGGCCGAUCCAGAGGCCGACGAUUGCCAACCAGGAAAGCAACCAGAUGAUUCGCGACCGUUAAUUAUAAGCGGCCCCAGGUCAUCUGGCAAAUCAUCAUUGAUAAAGCUCCUGCAAGAACGGAACCCUCGGGUUUUCGUCAAGGUCCGCGUGCACACAACGAGGAGCGAUAGAGAUGAUGAACCCAAGGAUCGGGAUCGCAUUGUUGUGUCCGCCGCUGAGUUCAGCACAAUGAUCGAUUCGGACAGGUUCUUGGAGUACGGAGAGGUUGAUGGGGAUCAGUUUGGAACCAGCAGAGGGGCAGUGAACACAAUCGUUGAUGCGGACAAAGUGCCCAUCAUGGAGAUGAGCACUAAUGGCGUUCGACAAACCAAGGAGUGCUCAUUUGAGGCACGACACGUCUUCGUCAGGCCUCCAGAUACAGAAUUGUUGGCAACUCGCCUCAAGGACCAAGGGAUUGCAACAGAAAAAGUCGACGAAAUCCUCAAGGCGGCCAAAGAAGAUAUUGAUGGGUCCACCGCAGCCGCCUACGAUGAAAUCAUUGUCAAUGAUGAUUUGGAGGCUGCAUAUACCGCGUUGGAGCAUUUCGUCUACGGCACAAAGCCGUCUGGGGAAGACGAGGCCAUGGGUGAGGCUGAGCAGACCCAGAAGCAGGAGUGA